AUGGCGCAUGCAUCUUUCGGAUCAGGCGCCUUCGACGCUUUCCUCUCAGCGUCGGCUGGCGCCGGUGGCGGCAUGUUUGCGGCAGCCAUGCUCAUGCCUGUGGAGAUAGCGAAGACACGCAUCAGUGUCAGCCAGAAAGGAGAGACAGCGAUCCUGGGCACCAUGAGGCAAAUCGUCGAGAAGGACGGACUCCCAGGGCUUUUCAGCGGAGUAUCUGUCAAAUGCUUUGAGAAAGGCACGGAGAACUUCGUGUUUUUCUAUGUGUACGAAGCCUUGAAGAAGUUCGCAGCAGAACGCCAGAUUAAGAUCACCAACGGCGUGAGCUUGUGUAUGGGCUUUCUGGCAGGCAUCGUGACGAUGACUUCGAUCAACCCUCUGGAGGUACUCUCCACGAAGCUUCAAGUUGGAACUGCCAGGGGGCCACUGAGCUUGCUUCGGCUUGUGGUCAGCAAGGAUGGCUUGGCUGGUCUCUUCAAAGGAUACUGGUUCAACCUCAUACUCUGCAGCAAUCCUGCCAUCCAGAAUACUGUGUUUGUCCAGAUGCAGGAGGCCAUGAUGCAGAGGAAGUUGCUGCAGGGCUGGUCGGCCAAAGUGUCGCUGACGUCCUUGGAAGUGUUCAUGUUGGGCGCUUUGGCGAAGGCCAUCGCCACGAUCAUUACCUUCCCAGUCACCCGCAUGAAAACUAUGCUGCAGGCUGGUCCGAAGCCAGAGGACAAGACCGACUGCGACAACGAUGCAACGCCGGAUGCCCUCCCACAGAAUUUCUCCUUCAACUUCAACCACAAGGUGCCAGGCAAGCCGCGACCGAGCGAGCAGCUUUUCGAGCUGUACCGGGGACUGUGGCCAACUCUCUUGAAAGGAGUGCUGCAGGCAGCAUUGAUGUACGUGGCCAAAGAUCAAGUCACAAAGCUCGUUGUGAUGUGCUUGCGAGGGAUUUCGAGAAAGCAAAGUUUGUUCGCUUCGUCCUAA